CAAUCACACCGCUGUCACCCUGCCGGAAGCCAAAGUAGACAACGAAGCUCGUUUCUUUUUGACAGCUCUUUUCCAUCACAAGUAUGGCUCCGAAGAAACCGUCUGAGAAGUCCGCAGGCCAACCGGCCGAAAAGAAAGAAAAGAAGCCAGCAGCCGCAGCUGCCGCUGCUGCUUCCGGAUCAGGAGAGAAGAAGGCUGCUCCGGAGAAGAAGUCCGCCCCGGAGAAGAAGCCCGCCGCCGAGAAAAAGCCUGCUGCCGCUGAGAAGAAACCUGCGGAAAAGAAGCCUGCUGCCGCUGAGAAGAAACCUGCGGAAAAGAAGCCUGCUGCCGCUGAGAAAAAGCCAGCUGCUGCUGAGAAAAAACCUGCUGCUGGUGCUGAGAAGAAGCCCGCAGAAAAGAAAACUGCUGAGAAGCGCGCUGCCCCAGCUGAUACCAAGGCACCCGCUCCAGAGAAAAAGAAGGCGACCGAAAGCAAGAAGACUCCAGCGGCUGCUCCCAAAACCGAGAAGUCCGAGAAAAAAUCGGAUAAGAAGACCGAUAAGAAGGAUGCCAAGAAGAAGGGACCCGCUGCCGCAGCGAAGAAGCCAGCCGCUCCGACCGGCGCUGCCGCAAAGAAGGCUGCUGAUGCCGCUGCCAAGGCCAAGAAGACCGCUGCCGGCGAUAAGAAGGCCGCAGCUAAGAAACCAGCGGUCAAGAAGCCAGUCGCUAAGAAGGGAGCUUCGCUUGCUAAGAAGGCUGGUACAGCCGCUACCAAGAAGAAGGGUGCCCCUGCCGCGAAGAAACCUGCCGUCAAGAAGGCCCCUGCUCCCAAAGGCGACAAAAAAGCCAUCGAGGCCAAGGUACAGAAGGGAGCGGCGAAGGCUCGUGCUGCCGCUCUGCUGAGAGCCAAGCGGACCAAGACCAAGGUCGUCAAAGGUCCAUUUGGAACGGCACUUCGUAAGAUCCGCACCACGGUGAAUUUCCGUCGCCCACGUACUCUGCGUCUGCCACGUAAUCCCAAGUUCCCAAGGAAGUCGGUUCCAAAGCGUAGCCGCAUGGAUGCUUACAAUAUAAUCAAGUACCCGCUGACGACCGAAGCGGCGAUGAAGAAGAUCGAGGACAACAACACCCUGGUGUUCCUGAUUCAUCUGCGCGCCAACAAGAACCACGUCAAGGCGGCGGUGAAGAAGCUGUACGACAUCAAGGUGUCCAAGAUCAACACCCUGGUGCGGCCGGACGGCAAGAAAAAGGCGUACGUGCGGCUUGCCCGUGACUACGAUGCGCUCGACAUCGCCAACAAGAUCGGUAUCAUCUAAGCCUACAAUUUUCUCAUAUUAAGAAUUUUUCUUUUACUAGAGGGAAAUAUCUUUUUUCCGUGAUUCCAAACUGAAGGUAUAAAACCGACUCGGUUUUACACAUAUAGGAGAAAAAAAACCCAGCAAAAACAAGGUUGAGAUUA